AUGGUCUAUUUCUACCUUGCUGAUGAAACCCCUGGUUGCACUAAACAAGUUCGAAUCACAUUUUCUCAUGUCGUUAUCCUUAAAGAAAUGAUCUUUUCGAAGCUUACAUCUGCUAAUGCAUGUGCAUUCAGAGACUCUUAUGAAAAAUUCAAGAAAGCAGGAGCCCAGGCUAUCGAGAUUAGUGGUGAUGAUGCAGAAUCACACAAGGCUAGUGUACGGUUGCAUGACAAGAUGACAAGCUUUGUGUCCAAGAAUAAAGCUGCACAAAUGCAUGGUUCAAGUUCUGUUUACAUGUCUUCAUAUAUGGCAAUACCUCGGCUUUCUGCAGCUGAAGUGCUUUAUGGUUCUAGUGAAGGUUUUAUAGGCAUUACUUCAUUAUGA